AUGAUAACCUUGAUACCCGACCGCUAUAAACCGGAGGUCGUGACAUCGGCUGAUUUAGUUAUUGCUUCCGUCGCGUGGGGCUUCACCCUCGGCAUUGGAUGGUUGACGACAUGGACCGCGAUACGACAGACCGCAAAUGCCUACCGCCGGCGUGGCUGGUCCAUGCUCAGUAAUGCAUAUGUUUGGAUGAUUUGGGGCGAGAUCGCCGUGUGUCUCAGCUUUGGGAUUAUUUGCUUCAUGAACAUAAUGGGAGUUAUUCCUCCUAGCUUCGCCUUCUUUUUCUGUAUCCUCACGCUUUGGGCACUUCAAGUCCAGUUCCUUCUUCAGAUUAUCGUGAACCGAUGCGGAAUCCUUCUCACCGAUCAGAGACUACUAUGGAGAGUCAAAUGGGGGACAGCCGCCCUAAUCACCGCCAUCAACAUCUCAGUCUACUGCAUCUGGAUCCCAGCUCGUCUACAGAUAUCGGAUGAGUAUGUUCACAUCAAUGAGAUCUGGGAUCGCUGUGAAAAGGUGAUUUACCUUCUUGUCGAUGCCGCUUUGAACAUAUUUUUUAUCCGGAUUGUGAAACAAAACCUGGUCGAAAACGGUCUCCAUAAGUAUAACAAUCUCGUCAAGUUCAACAUGUUCAUCAUCGGAUUUUCAUUGGGAAUGGAUGUCCUCAUCGUGGCCAUGAUGAGUCUUAAAAACAGUUUCGUCUAUAUGCAAUUUCACCCCCUCGCCUACAUUGUCAAACUCAACAUCGAAAUGUCCAUGGCCACACUGAUCGCCAAGAUUGCCCGAAACUCGGAGCACCACCAAGGCAGCUCAGGCUACAACCAACGUUCACAUGGACUGGGUACCCAGAGCAAAGGAGAGACACUGGUGACCUCAAGGGCAGGCAACAUGGACUCGAAGAGCUGGCCAACCGUAACGACCACCAUCGAGAUGAACACCAUGGAGAGGGGGAAGCAAGCACCAAAGUCGCCUAACGGAUUCAACAACGACACGGACAUGUUGAUUGAUCAGAGCGCGCCUUACUCCGUGCAAGUUAACGCUCAGUACUCCAGCCAGAGUAGAGGCCCGAAAACAAAAAGAGGUGCAGAUUCUCUGAGUAGCGAGGGAACUAACGAGUCGGAAACUGUAUGA